AUGGCUUCCAUCAUCCCUACGGCCAUCAUGGCCCUAUCGCAUCACACGCCCACGGUUCGCGAUUCCUUAUCUGGAAUCUUUGGAAGCAUCAGCCUGACAGCUUGGAUCUGCCUUCUGCUGCCCCAACUCAUCGCCAAUUACAGGGCGCAAAGUGCCGAUGGCCUCUCUAUGGGCUUUCUGUUCAUCUGGCUGCUUGGUGAUAUCACCAACCUCGUUGCUCGCGAGCACACCGCUAACUCGAGCAACACUCUAGGCGCCCUGUUUACACAUCUCGCACCGAGCGCUGUCGCCCUCGCCUUCUACUUCUGUAUUGCCGACAUCGUCCUGAUUAGCCAAUCCAUAGGCCGCCACGAGGUCCACACCGAAACAUCACUCGAGCCGCUGCGUAAGAUUGUGACCGGCGAGGACGAUACGCCCGACAGCAACCCCUGGCUGCACAACACCCUAAGCCUCCUUGCCGUGUGGCUUGUCGGUGCUGCCGGCUGGUUCAUCUCAUACAAGGCCGGUGCCUGGGAUGCCGACCACGGAUCGUCGGACCCCCAGUCGCCGGAGGAGGACGGCAUCAUGGCCAAGGUCGGUCUGGCCCUCGGCUACUUCAGCGCUGUAUGCUAUCUCCUCGCACGCGUUCCCCAGAUUGUCAAGAACUACCGCGAAAAGUCAUGCGAAGGACUCGCCCUGCUAUUCUUCCUGCUGUCCUUGACGGGCAACCUCUCGUACGGCGCCAGCCUGAUCGCGUACUCACAGGACCCGCACUAUCUGCUCAAAGCCCUGCCGUGGCUGGUUGGGUCCCUCGGUACCAUCGCCGAGGACAUGGUUAUCUUUGCACAGUUUCACUUGUACGCAUCUGAACGCACAUCCGUGCUGGCGAGCGCGGCGUGA